AUGAUUCUUUCAUGUACUGGAACUUCAGCAUUGAAAAACAAUGAUUCAACAUGGGCACGAUGGAUAACUACAGCUUGUGAUUUAUUUCUCUCAAUCUUAUUAGGUUUUAGUUUAUCUUCACUAAUAAAUUAUUAUCAACAACGAAAAGUCAUAUCUAUCCUUCAAGUAUCAACUGAACAAAUCAUGAGUAAAUGUGAAAGAAAGCUGAAAUUCAAUAAGCAUAUACCCCAAAAGACUUUAUCUGAGUUUGUACCGUUACAACCUUACCGAGUUAUUGUCAUUCGACAACAAAGAUCACCUGUCAUCGUCAAUGAAUUAAUUAUCGAAGCUCGAAAAACAAAUAGAUUUACAAUACAUCCAUAUGAUUAUAAGUCUUCUGGUGAUCAUUAUCUCGAAAUAGAAUUCUUACAACAAUCUUCUUCUUCUAUUAUAAUUUCUAUAGAAAUUUUUCAUCAACAGAAUCUUUUAUUUGAAAGAAUCGAUGAUUUGCUCUCGAUUAUCUUACAUUCAUCGAAUAUGAUUUAUACAUGGAAAGAUUUCGAUAAAAAUUUAAUCGAUUAUCAAAGUUAUCAAGUCUUUUUAAAUGGUGACAUAAAUCAAUGUCAUUUCGUCAAUGUUCAAAAUUGUUUUAAAACGUGGUAUAAUACAACAUUUGGUCAUAAUCAAAAUUGCAAUCAGCUUCUUGAUUUUAAUGAUAUCGAUGGUCCAUUAUGUUCAUGUUCACAUCGACCUGUUAAAUGUCCAACUGAGCAAUGGUCUUUAACAAAUACUAUUGCAUACACAUUUCAUUAA